AUGUCAGCUAAGACCGUCCUUCUCUUCUGCCUACAGGCCUUUUUGGCUCACUCCAUCUCCGCAUACUGCGGCGCUGGUUUGGGUUACGAAGCUCCUUUGAUGGCCACAGCUCCCUUCGGCGCUGCAAACUGGGCUGGUUACGGAGCCGGAUGCGGAUGCGGUCUGGCCGCCGUCCCAACAUCCAGCGGUGGUGGAUUCCCCACCUCCAGCGCUUCCCCCAUCCCACCCGUCGGUCUGUCCGUUCUGUCCGAGAACGAGAUCGGAGGCAUCUUAGCUGUCGGCGGUGAGCUUCCUUUCCUGG